CUCUCCCGUCCCCCCUUUUGAAAACAGCACACUUUCUCUCUCUUUCUUGUUCGUCGCCAUGUCUAACUUCUCAGCUGCCAAUCCAAAUCCAAACAAAUCCAUUGAGGUGGCUCAACCUCCUACCGAUUCUGUUUCAAGCCUUAAAUUCAGUCCCAAGGCAAAUUUCCUGGUGGCUACGUCUUGGGAUAACCAGGUACGAUGUUGGGAGAUAACAAGGGAUGGAGCUACAACAGGCAGUGUACCCAAGGCAUCAAUAUCUCAUGAUCAGCCAGUUUUGUGCUCGGCUUGGAAGGAUGAUGGAACAAUUGUCUUUUCUGGAGGCUGUGACAAGCAAGUGAAGAUGUGGCCUUUGCUGUCUGGUGGUCAACCAGUUACUGUGGCCAUGCAUGAUGCUCCUAUAAAAGAGGUUGCUUGGGUUCCAGAGAUGAACCUCUUGGUCACAGGAAGCUGGGACAAGACCAUUAAGUAUUGGGACACAAGGCAGUCAAAUCCAGUGCAUACUCAACAACUCCCUGAUCGCUGUUAUGCUUUUACCGUGAGACAUCCUCUGAUGGUUGUUGGCACUGCUGAUAGAAAUUUGAUAGUUUUUAACUUGCAGAACCCUCAGACCGAGUUUAAGAGAAUCACUUCACCCCUGAAGUAUCAGACAAGAUGUGUUGCAGCAUUUCCUGAUCAGCAAGGUUUCUUAGUUGGUUCAAUUGAGGGAAGAGUUGGCGUACACCAUCUGGAUGAUGCACAACAAAGUAAAAACUUUACUUUUAAAUGUCAUCGAGAGGGAAAUGAGAUAUACUCAGUUAACUCAUUAAACUUUCAUCCAGUGCAUCAUACAUUUGCAACUGCAGGGUCUGAUGGUGCUUUUAAUUUUUGGGACAAGGAUAGUAAACAGAGACUUAAGGCGAUGUCAAGGUGCAGCCAACCUAUACCUUGCAGUGCUUUCAACAAUGAUGGCUCAAUAUUUGUGUAUUCAGUGUGCUAUGACUGGAGCAAGGGUGCAGAAAACCAUAACCCAUCAACAGCAAAGAACCAUAUUUUUCUACACCUGCCACAGGAGUCUGAGGUUAAAGGCAAGCCACGUGUUGGAACAAGUAGAAAGUGAAGCUCCUCACAGAUAGUCUUGAAAAGCCUGGAGAUAAUAUGGAUCAUGUGUUCUUUCUGUGAAUCUGUGAACGUGAAUGGCAUUUUGUUUCCUUUUCUCCACUUGUACGAAUGACUAAAUUUGAGUUCUGGUUCUAGCAGUGUUGAAGUUGAGUUUAGACUGAGUGAGGCGGCCCUUGAUUUUGUACACCCUUUACAGUUACAUUUUGUCUGUUUUUCUAUUUUUUGUUUCAUGUAGAACUUGGUGAGCAUAUACCAAUUUGUUGGUGUUGCUUUGUGAUCUUGAACCUCAUUUAUCCAUGCAGCAUGGUGAUAUUUUGUUGACAGAAGUAGAUGGUUUUAAGAAUAAGAGGAGCCAUAUAUAUCUUGGCUGUGAAUGAA